AUGACCUUGAGUAAAUACUUUAAUUCAGAGGAUUCACGCGACUAUUCCAAAUGGCACUUGAGGAAUUUAGACUUAUUCCCCUUUAAAUACCACUUAUCUAUCAGUGUUUCCAUUCUUAUUUAUAAUCGAGAUCGAAAAAGCCUUGUUCUUGUCAAACAAAUGCGUCCAGGUCAGUACAACAUCAAAACCAUUGUUUCAAAUGCUAGUUCGGUUGAUAACAUUUUCACAUUAAUGAAAUCUUUAUUCUUUCUCUCAGUGGUUUACUACGCCCAACAUCAGAAUUCUUGUAACGCCAAUAAUCCUCCCGAAGAUGUUGGUUACACACUUGAAAUUUGCGCUGGGCUUGUGGAUAAACCAAAUCUGUCCUUGGAAGAAAUCGCUGCUGCUGAAGUUCAUGAGGAAUGCGGCUAUAAAGUAGAUCCAUCGAGGUUGAGAAAAUUCUCUACAGUCAUUGUCAAUGAUUGCUUGUCAGCUGCAAUAGGAUGUGUUUAUUAUUUGGAAGUUGGCGACAACGACCUUGACUUGGCUGCUGGUGGUGGGAAUGCGGAAGAUGGAGAGUGGAUCGAAGUAGUUUACUGGCCCAUUGAUCGUAUUGAUGAAUUAUUGACUUUAACCGAAACAAAACUGCAUGUUUCAGAUACUACGAUAUUAGCUGCCCUUUGGUUUCAGUUACACAUAGUGCCAUCCCUUUGA